GCUAUUUGGAAGGGCCUCCAACAAUUGGGGGCAUCACGAUGAGCCAGCCCACCUAUCUUUGACGAUUGAUGAGGUCACUUGGCGGCAGCUGCACCUCUGCUCAAUUUUUCCCGCGGACGCGCUGUCUUAUAGCCGCGUGCCUGCCAAUUGCAGAGUUGAAAGAGUAACCUCUUGACUUUCUCAAUUUGACACAGGAAACAAACAUCCCAACACAACCGCCAAUAUGGGUUACCCAGAGACCGCCGAGGGCUUUAUGAUCGCCGACCAGAAGAACUGGACGAGCUUCGAGAAGAAGGAGUUCAAGCUGAAGCCGUUUGAGGACCGCGACAUUGACAUUGCCAUUGAGUGCUGCGGUGUCUGCGGAUCAGACGUCCACACCAUCAACGGAGGCUGGGGUGACUGCCCACUCCCAAUCUGUGUGGGACACGAGGUCAUUGGAAAGGCCGUCAAGGUUGGCAAGGACGUCAAGACUAUCAAGGUCGGCGACCGAGUAGGUGUUGGUGCUCAGAUCGGAGCCGAUCUCACCUGUGGCAACUGCAAGGCAGACCAGGAGAACUACUGCCCUAACUCAAUUGACACAUACGGUGCUCCAUACAAAGAUGGCACCAUCUCGCAAGGUGGCUACGCCUCCCACAUCCGCGCUCACGAAUACUUCACCUUCAAGAUCCCAGACAACAUCGAGAGCGCAGUUGCAGCCCCGAUGCUGUGCGCCGGUCUGACAGUAUACUCGCCCCUCGUACGUCUCGGAGCCGGCCCAGGCAAGAAGGUCGCAAUCGUUGGUCUGGGAGGACUCGGUCACUUCGCUGUGCUUUGGGCUCAAGCUCUCGGAGCCGAAGUCUACGUCCUCUCCCACAGCCCGAACAAGAAGGAUGAUGCCCUCAAGAUGGGAGCUAAGCACUUCAUCUGCACAAACGAGGAGGGCUGGCACAAGGAUUUGGCCUUCACCUUCGACUUCAUCCUCAACUGCGCCGAUGCCACGCACAAGUUCAACCUGAAGGACUACUUUGGCACACUGAAGGUCAUGGGUCGCUUCCACAACGUCGGCUUUGGCGACCACCCUCUUCCAGAGCUGAUGGCACAAGACUUCGCUGGUAACGGUUGCUACAUUGGUGCCUCGCACAUUGGUAACCGACCAGAAAUGCUUGCCAUGUUCGAUUUGGCCUCGAAGCAGAACAUCAAGAGCUGGAUCCAGACAGUCGAUAUCUCUGAGUCGGGCUGCGCAGAGGCCGUGAAGGCUGUGUCUGAGAACACCGUCCGAUACAGAUAUGUCUUGACUGGAUACGACAAGGUGUUCGGUAAGCGUGAUUAGAGAGGAUCAACACCAGACAUAGAGAUAUGGCUAUGAUAAAAUCAUGAAUGAACGUACUUUUGAAG